UGUGCGCCCAGUAGGCCCGGCCUGAGGCGGCGGGAGUCGCCGAACAGCGGAGAGAGAUCAUCGAGGGUCACGACGGCUAGUGAGACACAAAGUGUUUCAAGAUGACGCAGUUCCUGCCCCCAAAUUUGUUAGCACUAUUUGCGCCCCGUGAUCCUAUACCCUAUCUGCCUCCUUUGGAAAAAUUGCCCCAUGAGAAACAUCAUAAUCAGCCUUACAGUGGUAUUGCUCCCUACAUCCGUGAGUUUGAGGACCCACGUGAUGCUCCCCCACCUACUCGUGCAGAGACACGGGAGGAACGGAUGGAACGGAAGAGGCGAGAGAAGAUUGAACGCCGACAGCAGGAGGUUGAAAGUGAAUUGAAGAUGUGGGAUCCACAUAAUGACCCCAAUGCUCAAGGAGAUGCCUUCAAGACACUUUUUGUGGCCCGAGUUAAUUACGAUACAACAGAGUCCAAAUUGAGGCGGGAGUUUGAAGUCUAUGGGCCUAUCAAAAGGAUCUACAUGGUAUACAAUAAGCAUUCCGGCAAGCCACGUGGCUACGCCUUCAUUGAAUAUGAACAUGAACGUGACAUGCACUCCACCUUUCUGAUGGCUAUUGCCACUGCUGGCUUGCAGCUGAUCCUUAUGCUUCCCCUUUACAACAUCUCAUUGUAUGGUUGGUAUAAGGGUUUGUAUAAUUGGUAAGAACCUCAGUACCCAACACACUUCUAUACACAAGCCAGGUCAAAGGCAGAUGGUAGAUAAUAUGGUUGAGAUGGGGGUGGAGGGAAGGAAGGAAUCUAUUUCUCUUUUGGUUUCUGUAAACUGUCUUGCUGAAUAGAAAGAGAAAAAGAAAUAGGUUCCUCAUGGUCUAUGUUAGUUAUACAUUGUUCAGUCUGGAUUAAAGGAGAGGGAGGGAACAACAGGCCAGCCAUUUGUAGCAUAACUCAAAUAUCCUGAGUGAAUCCUCCCUCCUUAAGUCACACAUAUGCCAUUUUAUAGUCUUUAUAAUCUAUGGAUGGGGAGAAAAAUAGGCAGAAUCUGUUUUGAAGAAAUCAAAAUGCUUUGUUUUUUUUGGUGACAUAUGAAACUGGUAGAGUAUAUUUCAUAUUGCCUAAUCCAAAAUAAAUAUUUCUUCUUAAUCAAAUUCUAAUUGGAUUGUGUCCAUGUUAAAACUAGGUAAAUCCAUAGUUUGCCAUGCCAUCCAAAGUUCUAAUGUAAGGUCCACAAAAUAAACAGAGUUCCUAUCUGACUGAGUUAAUUCUUCAGAAGAACACAGACAAAACUAAAAUGUUACUACUUAUUAUAAAGCAUAUAAAAUAUGUGACAGUAGCAUUGUAAUUUAACAUGAUUAAUUACCUGAUCAUUCAAAAUCACUGAGAGUGUAUCUUCAUAGAAAGAAAUAUCAGCAUUUGCACAAUUUCUAUAGUGCUUUCUUGGUUAACAUAAAUAUUUUGUCAUCUACUUCCACAAAACAAAAAUCUUUAACGCUGUCAUUUUAAAAACAAGACAAACUAUGGAGUGUGUGCAUCUUGCUGUUAAAUUUACUAUUCUCCUAGAAACACUAAUUACCUGGGAGGAAUGGCUAAUAGUAGCUGGGUUUGAAGGACAGAUUAAUUUAAAUGGAAGUUGGCGGUCAUCUAUGAGUGUUUUUUAUAUACUGUAUGAUAGCUAGCUUAAGUGAACAUGUUCCUAAAAUCUUUAAAGUUGCAUUUAAAUAAUGAACACAUUCUUUGCAGUUGCUAGAUUAUUUGCAUAUGAAAUACCAGAAGGUCUAGUUUUAUCCUUUGAAUUCUAUAUUUAGAAAAUUACUUAUCUAUGCAGAUAUUUUAGAAUAGAUACAGCCUAUUUUUUGGUUAAACUUGGGAUAGAUAAACUCAAAAUGUCAUAAAAUGCACAGAUUAGCUAGUAAUAUGUGUUUCUUAGGAGGGAGUUCAUAUUUUAGCAUGUGUUCUGAACUUUCAGUUGAUUUGAAGCAAUACUGAGGAUAUCUGAGUUAUGCUUUUAGUAAAUUAAUGGGCAAUUGUACUUUAAAAUCUAACUUGGGGCACAAAGCUAAGUAAGUGGAUUUUCUUUAGCUACCCCCUGGUAUGGCUUGUCAAGGCCAUAAUGAACCUUUAAGCGGGACAUAGUUGGGAUGUCUGCCUCAACAGAGAUUCUAACUUAUUGUUCCCUUAAAUAAGGGUUUCCACAUGAAAGCAGGCAACUAUAUCACUGUUGCUGGGUUCCUGGAUAAUGAUAGUGAGGGCAUUUCAGACACAUCACACAUUUCUUGCUGUUUUUUCUUGUAUCUUUUUUUCUGUCUGGCUUCUUUAGUUUAGCUCUUUUAAUUGUGUAGCAUUCAGAGUUUUCCAUUCUGCCUGAAAGAGGCUACAGCUAGGAAUGUCAAGAAAGCUCAUGGCUAACAUUCAGGAUUUAUUUGGCCUCCCUGAAUUUGUAGUUGUAAGGGUAUCUUCUGUUAGAUAUAUUCAGUCACUGGAAUUGGGAUUUUAAAAUUAGGAAUUAAAUGGGGCCAUUAUCAACUAAACUUUUCCAAAUCAAAACUCUAUCUAGAAAUGCCUUUCCCAGCCUUAAAUCUUCUGGAUAUAUAAGAUUACCAUUAUUAUUCCCAGAGUAUUCUCUUUGGGAAUUAUUCUAAUCCCUAUUGUUGGGAACUAUUUGGAAAGA